CACUUUUUCUCUCCCAUUUAACUUGAUUCUCUUCCCACUCUUCAAGUUUAUCAUUUUCAAAAAGUCACAAACUUCCUCUUACUUUCACUCUUAUCUCUUCACGAAGCGGCCAAGCAACAACGUCUUGCUCUCACACGCAUGCAUGUGGAAAAAAGAAAUAAGAAAGAAACUUAUACAUGAACUGCUGCAAGAGUGCAAGAUUGAUUUGCUUGUCUUAGAAAACCAACCCCAUUUGAGUUUUUUCCCUUUUUCUUUUUAACUACAUCCUAAAGCCAGGUUUGGUAUUUGCUUCAAGAUAAGUUUCUUAAGAAAACCAGUGUCUUCAAAUAUAUAAGAAGUGAAAACAAAGAGGGAAUCAUUCCUUUGUUGGUUUUGUUUGUUCUUUCCCCAAAAGGUAAUGAGAGCGACGCGUAUUCUCUUUGUUUUGCUUUGGUUCUUCUGCGUUUAUUUUCCUGCUGCGUUUUGCGCAAAUGUCACGUAUGACCACAGAGCAUUGGUCAUUGAUGGCAAGCGCCGAGUGUUGGUCUCUGGUUCCAUUCAUUACCCUCGUAGCACUCCAGAGAUCUGGCCAGACCUCAUUCAGAAAUCCAAAGAUGGAGGACUUGAUGUGAUUGAGACUUAUGUUUUCUGGAACUUACAUGAACCAGUUCAAGGCCAGUAUAAUUUUGAAGGUAGGGCAGAUUUGGUUAAAUUUGUGAAGACAGUAGCAGCAGCAGGCUUAUAUGUGCAUCUCCGGAUUGGUCCAUACGCAUGUGCUGAAUGGAACUACGGUGGUUUCCCUCUUUGGCUACAUUUUAUUCCGGGAAUUCAGUUCCGAACUGAUAACAAACCAUUCGAGGCAGAAAUGCAGCGGUUCACUGCUAAGAUUGUGGAUAUGAUGAAGCAAGAGAACCUCUAUGCAUCACAGGGAGGACCAAUUAUUUUGUCUCAGGUCGAAAAUGAAUAUGGAAACAUUGAUGCGGCCUAUGGUCCUGCUGCUAAAUCCUACAUCAAAUGGGCAGCAUCAAUGGCAACUUCUCUUGAUACAGGGGUUCCUUGGGUAAUGUGCCAACAGGCUGAUGCUCCCGACCCAAUUAUUAAUACAUGCAAUGGAUUUUACUGCGAUCAAUUCAAUCCAAACUCUAACUCAAAACCAAAAAUGUGGACCGAGAACUGGAGUGGAUGGUUUCUUUCGUUUGGUGGUGCUGUGCCUUACAGACCAGUGGAAGAUCUUGCUUUUGCUGUGGCACGCUUUUACCAGCGAGGUGGGACUUUUCAGAAUUACUACAUGUACCAUGGAGGAACUAAUUUUGGCCGAACUACCGGUGGACCUUUCAUUUCUACUAGUUAUGAUUAUGAUGCUCCAAUUGAUGAGUAUGGAAUUGUUAGGCAGCCUAAGUGGGGGCACCUUAAGGAUGUGCAUAAGGCCAUAAAGCUUUGUGAAGAAGCACUGAUAGCAACUGAUCCAACAAUCACAAGUCCUGGACCAAAUAUAGAGGCUGCAGUUUACAAGACAGGAUCUGCAUGUGCAGCCUUCCUUGCCAACAUUGCCACAUCUGAUGCAACAGUGACCUUUAAUGGAAAUUCAUAUCACUUGCCUGCAUGGUCUGUCAGCAUCUUACCAGACUGCAAGAAUGUAGUGCUCAAUACUGCAAAGAUUAAUUCUGCAUCUAUGAUUUCAAGCUUCACAACUGAAUCCUUAAAGGAAGAAGUUGGCUCUGGCUCAGGAUGGAGCUGGAUUAGUGAACCCGUUGGCAUUUCAAAGGAUGAUUCAUUCUCCAAAUUUGGAUUACUGGAGCAAAUAAAUACAACCACUGAUAAAAGUGAUUAUUUGUGGUACUCGUUAAGUAUUGAUAUUGAAGAUGAUGCUGGUUCUCAAACUGUCCUUCACAUUGAGUCCCUUGGUCAUGCUCUACAUGCUUUCAUAAAUGGAAAGCUUGCAGGGAGUGGAACUGGCAACAGUAACAAAGCUAAGGUUGCAGUAGACAUUCCCAUCAAACUAGUGGCUGGGAAGAACAUAAUUGAUCUCCUGAGUUUAACAGUGGGACUUCAGAACUAUGGAGCAUUUUUUGACACAUGGGGUGCGGGGAUCACUGGUCCAGUGAUAUUGAAAGGUUUGAAGAAUGGAAGCACAGUUGAUCUCUCCUCCCAACAGUGGACAUAUCAGGUUGGCCUUAAAUAUGAAGAUUUAGGUCCAUCAAGUGGAAGUUCUGGACAAUGGAAUUCACAAUCUGAUUUACCUAUAAAUCAACCCUUGACUUGGUACAAGACAAACUUUGUUGCUCCCUCGGGAAGUGAUCCAGUUGCUAUUGACUUCACGGGGAUGGGAAAAGGUGAAGCUUGGGUGAAUGGACAAAGCAUUGGGCGAUACUGGCCUACAUUUGUCUCUCCAAAUGGCGGUUGUGCUAACUCUUGCAAUUAUAGAGGGGCCUAUAGUUCAUCCAAAUGUCUCAAGAACUGUGGGAAACCAUCACAGACAUUAUACCAUGUACCACGAUCAUGGUUACAACCAGAUACCAAUACACUUGUAUUGUUUGAGGAAAGUGGAGGUGACCCUACGCAAAUCUCUUUUGCUACAAAACAGAUAGGAAGCGUGUGUUCACAUGUAUCUGAAUCUCACCCUCCACCUGUAGACUUGUGGAAUUCAGAAACAAAAGUUGGGCCUGUACUGUCACUGGAGUGCCCUAAUCCUAAUCAGGUGAUCUCUUCCAUUGAAUUUGCAAGUUUUGGAACGCCUUAUGGAACUUGUGGAAACUUCAAACAUGGACGGUGCAGAAGUAAUAAGGCUCUAUCCAUUGUUCAGAAGGCCUGCAUUGGAUCAAACAGUUGUAGAAUUGGACUGUCACUUAAUACAUUUGGAGAUCCAUGUAAAGGAGUGGCUAAGAGCUUAGCUGUUGAAGCUUCUUGUGCAUAGACAUUUCGCUUAAAACCUUCCUAUUUCUUAUCUUGGACUCAGCUGAAAAGAACUCUGCACUGCACUCCAAGUGUCUUGUACUCUUCAUUGAAAAUGAUCCCUGAUAAGCCAAUGUAAAAUGCUAUUCUGGUAGUAAACCAGGAAAACAGUGUAUAUUUACUUAAUAUAGAAGGAAGGUCUCGCUUAUGCAUGA